ACGUAUCCUAGCCAAUCAGAGUCGACAUAUUCAGGGUCUGUGAAGUGCCUCCGCAGGUGACAUGCUUUUGUUGCGUGGUGGGUUUUUCCAUUACUAACCAGAUUUCAGUACAGCGGGGAAGGAUUUCGUUUUAAUAACAAAAGGUUUGAGGCUUCCAUCCUCAUCUGUGCUAAGAGGAACGUCCGUGGUUCAUUCAGAGCUGCAUCACCACUGUACACACGCCUGCGUGAAGGACCCUAGACUCAGCCAUGCCUCCUCCGUUCCGCCAGAGGCCCAUGCGAAUCUUCAUCAACGAUGACCGCCACGUCAUGUCCAAGCACCUGACGGUCUACCCCAGCCAGGAGGAGCUGGAGGCCGUGCAGAACAUGGUCUCCCACACUGAGCGCGCUCUCAAGGCCGUGUCCGAUUGGCUGGACGGGCAGGAGAAGGCCGACGAGAAGCCCGUCACAGAGGCCGACGUCAAAGAGGAGGCGGAGCCUGAGGCUGAGGCUGAGGCUGAGGCUGAGAAAGAGACCGAGAAAGAGAGCGAGCCCAAGCCCUCGGACCAGGCCACGCGCUCUCUCCGGGGCGUGAUGCGGGUGGGCCUGGUGGCCAAGGGGCUGCUGCUGAAGGGGGACCUGCAGCUGGAGCUGGUGCUGCUGUGCAAGGACAAGCCCACCGUCACGCUGCUGCAGAAGGUGGCCCAGAACCUGGCCGAGCAGCUAGCGGUCGUGACCGAGGAGAAGUACGAGAUUAUCCAAAGCAUCAAGGACGCCGCCAUCGUCAUCAAGAGCACCAAGGAGCUGAAGCUGGUGCUCACCGUCCACCUGACCUCCCCCGUGGUGCGGGAGGAGUCGGAGAAACAGAGCCCCGGAGAAACGCUAUCAGUCAGCGAUCCCCCGGAUGUUCUGGACAGGCAGAAAUGCCUGACUGCCUUGGCUUCUCUUCGCCACGCAAAGUGGUUCCAGGCGAGGGCCAAUGGGCUGAAGUCGUGCGUCAUCGUCAUCCGCAUCAUGAGGGACCUGUGUGCCCGCGUGCCCUCCUGGGCCCCGCUGAAGGGAUGGCCAUUGGAGCUGCUUUGCGAGAAGGCGAUUGGGACAGGGAACCGGCCAAUGGGAGCCGGCGAGGCCUUCCGCAGGGUUCUGGAGUGCCUGGCCAACGGAAUCCUCCUGGCAGACGGUCCGGGACUCUCGGACCCCUGUGAGAAGGAGACGAAGGACGCCAUCGAUCACAUGUUACCCCAGCAGAGAGAGGACAUCACCCAGAGCGCCCAGCAUGCACUGCGCCUGGCGGCGUUCGGCCAGCUGCACAAGGUGCUGGGCAUGGACCCGCUGCCCUCCAAGAUGCCCCGCAAGCCCCAGAGCGAGACGCCCAUCGACUACACGGUUCAGAUCCCCCCGAGCACCACCUACGCCCCGCCGAUGAAGAGGCCCAUGGAGGAAGAGGAGGGAGGGGAGGACAAGAGCCCCAACAAGAAGAAGAAGAAACUGCAGAAGAAAUCGCCGGAUGAGAAGGGGGACCCGGCCCAGGCGAUGAACGCCCUGAUGCGGCUGAACCAGCUCCGGCCGGGCCUGCAGUACCGGCUGGUGUCCCAGACCGGGCCGGUCCACGUGCCCGUGUUCACCAUGGCCGUGGAGGUGGACGGCAAGAGCUACGAGGCGUCCGGCCCGUCCAAACGCACCGCCAAGCUGCACGUGGCCGUCAAGGUUCUGCAGGACAUGGGCCUGCCCACGGGGGUGGAGCUGAAGACUGCAGAGCCUGUGAAAUCUGAGGUGGAUGGUGGGGAGGUGGAGCUGAAGGUUGAGGCCCCUCCCACAGCUCCUACGGACACGCCCACCGCGAACACCACUGCUGCUGCUGCUGCUGCUGCUGCCACUCCUGAGGCCACGGACAACGCUGAGAGCUUGCGGCAGCAGGGCCCCAUCCUGACGAAGCACGGGAAGAACCCGGUGAUGGAGCUGAACGAGAAGCGCCGCGGCCUCAAGUACCAGCUGGUCUCUGAGACCGGAGGCAGCCACGACAAGCGCUUCGUCAUGGAGGUGGAGAUAGACGAGCAGAAGUUCCAGGGCACAGGCUCCAAUAAGAAGGUGGCCAAGGCCUACGCCGCCCUGGCCGCCCUGGAGAAACUCUUCCCAGAGGGCUCCACUCCCGACGCCAACAAGAAGAAGAAGCUCCCUCCAAUGGGCCACCCUGGUUUCGGAAUGGGCGGGCCUGCCGGUGACGCCUUGGCCAAUCCCAGGGGCCGAGGGCGAGGUGGGCGGGGCCGGGGCCGCGGCAGAGGCUUCAACAACGGCGGCGGCUACAAUCAAGGUGGCUACGGAGGGUAUGGCUACGGAAACAACGCGGACUCCGGCUACAAUAACUACUACAGUAACGCGGGCGCUAACGGCGGGGCCGGGGCCCCCGGGGCCGGCGCUGUGGGCCCCCCUCCCGGCGAUGUGGGGGGCCCCCCGGGCGGCUACGGCUCGUACUACCCGGCCGACGGGGGCUACUCCGCCCCGCCGCCCCCCGCCAAGCCGCCCGGCAAGAAGCCCAUGAUGCACCAGGGCGGCAAGCCCCCCUUCGCCGGGCCGGCGGCCGGACCGCCCCCGGGCUACCAGACCACCCCCCCGCCGCCGCCCCCCCCGGGGCAGGGCGCCUACAACCAGUACGGCCAGGCCAAGAAGCCCUUCAACCACAACUACUCCAACUACAGCACCGCGUACCCCAGUCAGGUGACCGGGGGAGCGGCCAAUCAGGACUACAGCUACGAUGGCUACAGCAACCAGCCGGCCUUCAGUCAGGGAGGGGGGAGCUACGGGGCCGCCCCGGGGUCCUACAGCGCCCCCCCCGGGUACGGGAGGGGAGAGCCCAACGUCAACUACCAGUACAGAUAGACCCCACCUUUCCGCCUCCGUCCUCCGUCCCCAAAAGCCCCACCCGGUCUCCGCCCUUCCUCCUCCUCACCUGGACUCCCCCCCCUCAUCCCUCAAGGCAGGGACACAGACUGAAUGAACUCAACCCACUUAAUUUAGCUCCGUCUGUGGACUUGUGUCCUGGAGGGAAGACCCUCGCUGUGUACUCUUCCCCCCCCCCCGUCUCGAUGCCUUCUUCACGGCUGUUAACCCAAAUACCGGCCUGUCUCCCUGUGUCACGGACUGCUCCGCUGGGCCUGCUUUGUGUUGUGAACAUGUUUAGAGGAGGAGGAAUGGCGUGCGGUCAGCCUUCCCCCCUGCUGUGUCCGACAGGGCCGGUGUGGUCUGGGCACACAGGCCGAGUCCUGAGUCUCUAACCCCAACACCGGGGAUUUAUGUUUCUGUUGCGAGCGGAGCUUUCUCUGUCUCACGUCAGAAGUGUGAUCACAUAGUUUUAGAGCUGCUGUAUCGAGUUUCCAAUGUUGAAGUGGCUUAAAUGUGUGACUGGGGCACUCGUGGACUGUUACUGGAGUAGUGAAAAAAAAAAAAAGUAUAUAUAUAUUUGCUCUUUGGUUCGUCUUGAGUGUAAUUGAACAUUUUAUUCACUUGUUUUAUGCUUUUUUUUUUUUUUUUUUUGGUUGAGUUUUUUUUCUUUUUUCUUUUUUUUUUUUUUUCUACAAAUGAGAAAUCCUGUGGUUCCCUUUCAGACAUUUCGGCUGAUCACUGUGGAAUGUUCCUGUGAUUGAGAUUGUAGCUGAACUUCAGUUUUAGCCUGCUGUGUUAUGGGCGGGGAGAGACGGUGUACUUUUCUACGUUUGUUUUUCAGUGCGGUAUACAACAUGCUUAUGAUUUGUACUAAUACAUUUUUAUUUUUGAGGAAAA